CAAGUAAAUAAUAGCGCGGACUGAGCGGGCCUCCCGAGGCAACCACAGGAGCGGGAGCGACUCCCCUCCUUGGCUUCUUUUAUUGGGCGACAGCAGGCGGCGAAGCCUUCAGCCGACCGGGCUCUGCCGACCGCCUGGCUAAAGGAACGGACUUGGACGUCCAGCUCGGAGCUGCGCAGCGACCUUAAGGAGUUCCGAAGGAGAUGUAAAGCGGGGGCUCGACUCGGCGAAGCGGACGCCCCGUCCUCCCCUCACCCCUUCCCGCCUUUCCUCCCCGUGCGAGGGAGCGCUCCCUUCCAGGCAGGCGCUCCGCGGGGCAGCCGUUGAGAGGCGAUACUGGGGGGCCGCGGCAGAGGGAGGCGAGGCAGAGGGAACCGUCGAGGCGCGGGGAGAACUGGCGGAAGGGCGUCCAGAGGGGAGCCCUCAGCUGCGGCGGCGAGAAUGGCGGCGGCGGGGAGCAUCACCACCUUUCCAGACGACGGCGGCGGUGGCGGCAGCAGUGGCCCCUUCCCGCCAGGACACUUUAAGGACCCCAAGCGGCUGUACUGCAAAAAUGGAGGCUUCUUCCUGAGAAUUAACUCUGAUGGCCGAGUGGACGGAGUCCGAGAGAAGAGCGACCCGUACAUCAAGUUGAAACUUCAAGCUGAAGAGAGAGGCGUGGUGUCAAUCAAAGGUAUACGUGCAAACCGUUUCCUUGCUAUGAAUGAAGAUGGACGAUUGUUAGCACUGAAAUAUAUAACCGAUGAAUGCUUCUUUUUUGAACGCUUGGAAUCUAAUAACUAUAACACAUAUCGGUCUCGUAAAUAUUGUGAUUGGUACAUUGCACUGAAACGAACUGGUCAGUACAAACUUGGACCAAAAACUGGACGAGGACAGAAAGCUAUUCUUUUCCUUCCAAUGUCUGCCAAAAGUUGACUUGAGUGUCGCAGUUAAUAAAAUAUUGUGCAACAACAACAGUAGAUGUUCCCUCCUCCACAAGACAAAUUAAUGUGAUAUUUUCCAGUCAGCUCUGUUUGAUGAUUAAUUUGAGAUCAAUACUGUGUAGAACUGUAAGAGUGAAAACCAUUUUCAUUCACUGUUUAUAUAAGGCUGUUUGUGUAUGCGUACUAACAUGAAUGUGGCAUGGAGACAUAGUUCCACUUAAAUAUGCCAGUUAAUUAAGUACUUCCAGUUAGAUUUUAUAAUCAUUUUAAUCUUAUGGUUUAGGAAUAGACAUUCUGAUUUAGGUUAUUGAAUGUGAAAAAAGUUUUAAAAAAUGCAU